AUGGACAUCGCCCGCCGAAAGGAAAGUUCGGUCGCCUCUUCCCCCGCCACCACCCGCUCGUCCUCGUUUUUUAUCGAGGACAUCCUAUUCAGCAAGCCAAAGCAGCUAUGUCGCGAUUACCCGGGAUUACCAGGUCUUUCAGCCAUCAUCCGGCCGUCAUUUCCGGCAGAGUACACCGGCUACCACUGCUUCCCGGCCGCACCCGUAUUCUUCCCACACGUGCUUCAACAUGUGCAGGGACUCGCCGCGAAGCACUCCGAACAUCCUUUCAUGACGUCAACUUCAGCAGGAUUCCCACUGGGCCCGCUGUUCCAGCAUCACUCCCCCGGCAAACACUGCCGGCGGCGAAAGGCGCGCACGGUGUUCAGCGACCAGCAGCUCAACGGCCUGGAGAAGCGGUUCGAGUCCCAGCGGUACCUUUCAACACCGGAACGCGUGGAGCUGGCUUCACAGCUCAGCCUUUCCGAGACGCAGGUAAAAACAUGGUUUCAAAACCGACGAAUGAAGCACAAAAAGAUGCAGAAGAAAGGCCAUGAGGACGAUGACAGCGUUGAUGACGUCAAUGAAGACAGCGAUGUCGGUGAUGACGAUCGUGUAAAACAAUCUGACGAACACACGACAGAAAAAUCAAGCGUUAGAUUUCCCGGCUAUGACGUACAUAGCCUGGUUCCGGGAAAACAUGUGGUAAAUACUGACACUUCCGGUUACCAAUCAGACGAUAACGAGGAAAUUGACGUAGUGGAGUCUGACCGCGAGUGCACGUGA